GAUCUGAAGUCAGGAUGCAAGUUUCAUUUCAUCCGUCAGCGGUUUGAGCUCAUCGAUCUGAAGACUGAGAGGAUGAUGCUGAACGACCGGUGGACCAUCAUGAACAACAGCAGCUCUGAGCUGGACAGCAAGCGACCAAUCAAACACAAGAAAUGCUGCAGCGUCCUGUAUUGGUCAGUCAUCGUGUUGGUUGUUGUGGCAGCAGUCGUCACAGCAACAGUCACCAUCCUGUACCUGAACCACUAUCCUCUACCCUUCAUCAACAGGGGCGGAGUCUCUUCCUCCUCUCCCAUCAUCUCGACCAAUCCCAGAGAGUCUGGCGCCUUGGUGACAGUGUCGCGUGUUGCAGACGGCGAGCCAAUCAGCAUCUUCCUGGACCCGAACUGUCCAGACCACAGCGAGCACUUUCUGCGUUGGGAGGCGCUGCAGAGCUCGCUGCUCCGAGCGCUGACCAAUCACAACGCGGGCGACUGGCAGGAGAGGGGAUUGGCCCAGAAGCUGGCCGAGGAGCUGAAGGUGUUAUCAGGCCACGCCCACAACCUGAGGCUGGAAGCUGAUUCACUGAAAAGAGGUCAAGGUGUUCUGGACCAACGAUUGGACAGACUGCAGAGCGAGCAGAGCCACAUCAUACAGGUGUUGACUGACAGUCACUCAGGUGUCCUGAAGUUCUCUGCUGGUUUCACUGAUUCUCUGCUCAGACUGCAGACAGAGACAGACAGUCUGAGGAGGCUGAAGAGUGAGACAGCAGUCAGACCGAGGGACUGCAGUGAUGUCAUGGGGGCCGGCGGCUCUCAGGACGGCGUUUACUCCGUGUUCCCAACUCACGACCCUGACGGCUUCAUGGUUUACUGCGACAUGACAACUGACGGAGGAGGCUGGACGGUGAUCCAGAGGAGGGAGGACGGCUCGGUGAAUUUCUUCCGAGGCUGGGAGGCGUAUAGAGACGGCUUCGGCAAAACUACAGGAGAGCACUGGCUAGGUCUGCAGAGGAUGUCGUCUCUCACCAGGUCAGGUGGUUAUGAGUUACGUAUCGACAUGGCCGACUUCGAUAACGCCACGGCGUUCGCUCAUUAUGCAGAUUUCUCCGUCGGCCGCGACUCAGUGAACCCUGAAGAGGACGGAUACCCGCUGACUGUAGAGCAGUACUCUGGCACCGCAGGUGACUCCCUCCUGAAGCAUUCUGGGAUGCGGUUCACCACCAAAGACCGGGACCAGGACCAGUCGGAGAACAACUGUGCAGCGUACUAUCAGGGCGCCUGGUGGUACCGGAACUGCCACACCUCCAACCUGAACGGCCAGUACCUGCGAGGAGGCCACGCCUCCUACGCCGACGGCGUGGAGUGGUCCAGCUGGACGGGCUGGCAGUACUCUCUGAGGUUCACUGAGAUGAAAAUACGCCCCCGCAAGCUUGACCUCUGACCUCUGACCUGCUCUGAGGAAUAAAUACAAGUUUGUUGUUGCUGGUGUUCUUACUGAUCAAUGAUCAAUAACUCACUUGUUCUCUGUUUAACUUUGUUCUCUUCCUGCCGGAUGAUUUCUGAUCAAUAAUAUUUGAUAUUGAUGAAAGUAGAUCGAUGGUUUUGACAUUAAAGAAUUUCUGACUGAC